GGUGGGGAGGCCGGGAGGAGGCAGGAAGGGACUCGAGCGGCGCGCCGGUGGCGGGCUUGGCUCGGAGGCCGCGGAGACCCGCGCGGAGCCCAAAGUUUGCGCGCAGCCCCUGGGCGGCGGCGCGCGGGGGCCGGGACCGCCCUGCGCGCCGCCUUCGCCCGCCCCGGCCGCGCCGAGGGUCGCCGGCGGCCACGCGGAGGCGGCCGGGAGCGGCGCCGCGGCAGCUUUGGAGUGGAGCAUCAUGCUGAGCCGGAGCAGGGCGCCGUGGGCAGCGUGGGCGCCGUGACCGUGACCGUGGUCGUGACCGUGGCCGUGACCGUGACCGUGACCGGCAGCGGGGUCUCACCUGGGUCCUCUCUGUCGAGCUGCAGCAGCUGCCAAACCACCCAAGCCUGGGCAAGCCCCUGACAGGUGCUGCAGAGCGGUCAGUGUAACGGGAAGGAGGAGCCGAUGGCUUUAGCCGGCUGCCCGGAUUCCUUCUUGCACCGUCCGUACUACCAGGACCAGGUGGAGCAGACGCCCCCUCUCAGUCCACGAGAUCUGGCCGGACCGGGCUUCCCAGCACCAUCCGAUCGGCUCACAAAUCACCAGGACACUGACCCCGUCACUUGCCAUUGUCUGGGGGAGGUGGGUGGAGAGGAGAUCCCCAUUUCCCACAAAGAGGAUGACGUAGACCUGGAAGCCCUGGUGAACGAUGUGAACGCGUCACUGGAGAGUUUGUACCCAUCCUGUAGCAUGCAGUCGGAGACAGCGCCUCUGCUCCAGAACGGCCAGCACUCCCGCAGCCAGCCGCCGCCCUCAGGAACAAGGUCCCUGCAGACGCCACGUUCCCAGCCUAUGCACAUCCUCGCCGUCAGACGCCUGCAGGAAGAAGACCAGGAGCUCCGAACCUCGUCUCUGCCGGCCAUCCCCAACCCUUUCCCUGAGCUCUGUGGCCCCGGGAGCCCGCCGGUGCUGACACGGGGCUCCCUACCUCCAAGCCAGGCUGCUGCAAAGCAGGAUGUGAGGAUCUUCAGUGAAGACGGGACGAGCAGAGUGGUAGAGAUCCCAGCAGACAUGACGGCCAGGGACCUGUGCCAGCUGCUGGUUUAUAGAAGUCACUGUGUGGACGACAACAGCUGGACGCUCGUGGAGCACCACCCGCACCUGGGACUAGAGAGGUGCCUGGAAGACCACGAGCUGGUGGUCCAGGUGGAGAGCACCAUGGCAAGCGAGAGCAAGUUUUUAUUUAGGAAGAAUUAUGCAAAAUACGAGUUUUUCAAAAAUCCUACGAAUUUCUUCCCAGAGCAGAUGGUCACUUGGUGUCAGCAGUCCAACGGCGGUCACAACCAGCUUCUGCAGAACUUCCUGAACUCCAGUAGCUGCCCUGAAAUCCAGGGGUUCUUGCACGUGAAGGAGCUGGGGAGGAAGUCGUGGAGAAAGCUGUACGUGUGUUUGCGGAGAUCAGGCCUUUAUUGCUCCACCAAGGGGGCGUCCAAGGAGCCCCGACACCUGCAGCUGCUUGGGGGCUUGGAGGAGAGCAGCGUCUUCUCGCUGAUCGCCGGCAAGAAGCAGUACGGUGCGCCCACCGACUACGGCUUCUGCAUAAAGCCCAACAAAGUCAGGAACGAGGCGAAGGAGCUGCGGUUGCUGUGUGCCGAAGACGAGCAAGGCAGAACGUGCUGGAUGACGGCGUGCAGGCUCCUCAAGUACGGAAUGCUGCUGUACCAGAACUUCAGGAUCCCGCCCUCGCGGAAGGCCUUGCUCCCCUCCUUCUGCACGCCGGUGCGCAGCGUCUCUGAGAACUCCCUCGUGGCGAUGGAUUUUUCUGGGCAAACAGGAAGAGUGAUCGAGAACCCGGCUGAAGCCCAGAGCGCGGCCCUGGAGGAAGGCCAUGCCUGGAGGAAGCGAAGCACACGGAUGAACAUCCCAGGCAGCCAGAGCCCCCUCCACCCUUCCACCCUAAGUACAGUGAUUCACAGGACGCAGCACUGGUUCCACGGCAGGAUCUCCAGGGAGGAGUCCCACCGGAUCAUCAAGCAGCAGGGGCUGGUGGACGGGCUUUUUCUCCUCCGAGACAGCCAGAGCAAUCCAAAGGCUUUUGUGCUCACGCUCUGUCAUCAUCAGAAAAUUAAAAAUUUCCAGAUCUUACCUUGCGAGGAUGACGGGCAGAUGUUCUUCAGCCUCGACGACGGGAACACCAGAUUCUCUGACCUGAUCCAGCUCGUGGACUUUUACCAGCUCAACAAAGGCGUCCUACCUUGCAAACUCAAGCACCACUGCAUCCGAGUGGCCUUAUGACCUCACACUCACUCUUGGCUGAGGACGGGAGCAAGCUGACACUGGAACAGGGCCGGGGGCUCGCGCAUCGCCAAGAGCACCCGUCUGCUCUGCACCCCGGGGAGCGGGGUCCGUCGGGGCCCACCCGCCAGGAGGGACUCGGGGUUGUACUCCUGCAACAGUUAGCUGCUGUGGAUCUGACAGGGCUGCCUUCCCCCCGCCCCAAAUGCCGAACAGGUCGGGGAGGCAGGAGAACGCAACCGUGAACGGGAGGCAGAAAUCUGGACGGAUCGUCUUGGCUGGGCCACGUAGGAGCGAGAACCAGAGACACGUAAUUGGAAAUGAACUCUUGCCCUGGAAUAAUCUUGACAAUUAAAACUGAUAUGUUUACUUUUUUGUAUCGAUCACUUUUUGCACUCCUUCUUUGUUUUCAAUAUUGCCCUCGGCCCCAGUAGGAGGGGGUAUGGCUCCUCCGUGCACGCGGGACGCGGGGGCCGUGGGGAGGAACAGACUCCAGAGACCGAAUCCAGGCCCCCAGGUGUUUCCAGGUCCCCACCCUGUGCAGGUGACCGGAGGCGGAUCUGCUCCCAGGUAACAAACCACCCCAGCUCUCCCCAGAAUACUUGAAGAGGUUUUUUUUGUUUUUUGUUUUUUGUUUUUUGUUUUUUUAAAGACACAGGUGUUACCCGUAGUAGGUAUUGGGCCCCUGGUGUGGACGCAGUCGGGGACCCCCAUCUGUUCAUCACUCCUGUGUGCACAGAUGCCCCCUACACCUGUUACAUGUGUGUCCUUCACAGUUCAGGAGGCCUGGGUGCUCUGGAAAGCUCGCCGGCCCAUCGCACGGCCUAGCUGAGUGGCCUCGCCUCUAGUGGACAUGGGGAGCGUCCCUGGGACCCCCCCCCCCCCCGCCCCAGCACCCAGUGUCCACUGCCCCCUCUCAGCUUGUUCUAGAAUGAUCUCUGCCUUACUCCCCACCCCCCACAGCGGCUCAGGCUCUUUCCUGGCCAUCGUCCCUCCACGGGUUAAAGGAUCAAAAAGGAAAAUGGCACCUGCUUGACUGCCAGAGGUGGCUCGAGGGUUUCCAUGGUGACAAAGGCGUGAACAUAGAAAAGGGCACGUCUGCUGCCUGGCAUGGACAGGUCCUCACUCGAUGACCUCUGUCCCGCUGAAAAGCCCCAUGAGCCGGCCCAGGCGGAGGCCCCCCUCGGUGGGCUGGAGCUCAGAAGAGUCUGGUCAACACAGCCCUGCUUCCCCCAUGGGGGACUGAGUCACACAGUGACUGGACUGCCCCCCCCAACCCCGUCCCUGUAGCUGAGUCACCAGGUGUGACAGGGUCCGCGGCUUUACCUGCGGUCUCUGCAAAGCAGAAAGGUCUCCCCUGACGGGCCUGAGAGUUGGGUCACCAUGUGGGACUGGCCCCCCAGGUGCCUGCCUCUGCCCCACUGCCGUGCCCCCAGUGAGCGUGUACCCUGCUGGGACCCAUAGGACCUUCGCCGGUGGCACUGCUGUGCUCUGGGACCUCCAGGGUGUAGAAACGCUGUAUUGUAGUUUACGGGCCUCACUGUGCUCGUUCUCCACGAAAUGUCUACUUAAUGCAAAUGCAGAACUUUUAGUAAAACGUUUUUAGCCGUAGACGUUCCAUCGCGUUUUCUUGGUUUUGUUGCCGGUUAUCUCAGGCCCUUGCAGGUCAGUCAACCCCCAGGUCCCGCCUGGCUGCCGGCCGCAAGGGCGCUGCCCCUUGGAGCCGGUCUUUGGUUCCCGUUACACAUUUUUCUCUCCACUGAUUGGAAGUAGAACCAGAGAGCAAUGCGGCGAUCUCUCUUUCCCUGUGUGUAGACCUGGAGGAUGAGGCUCUCAUGCCCCUCUCUGCUGGAUGGCCAGCCUCCAUGGCAUCUCGUGCUUGUAAACAUGCAUUUAUUUAAGAGGAGCGGGAAAGCCGGACCCUGACUCAUGGCCAUUGUGUCACUGGGUUGACGACAUCUUCUGUACCUUCCUGGCCGCGGUGAGAUGCUGGGUGCAGGGUGGGAGCCCCUGGGCCUGGUGGCUGGGAUUCCACCAGAAGCAGCCUGUCCCUCGAGGAUAUGGGCGCCUGGCCUGACCAACCAGGGGCGGAAGGAUGGUUGGCUUUUAUUUUUGUAUUUAAAAUGACAUGAAUGUAAACGGAACAGCUCAGGGUCAUUUUGGAGCCUGUUGACUUUCUCUCUCUCUCUCUUUCUCUCUCUCUCACCUGUGAUUUUCUUUUCUCAAAGGAAAACCCCACAUAGCAGCCUGGACUUCGUUGGAAAUACCCAGCCCUUUGGGUACUGGAGUUGAAAUGGGUGAUCUCUGGUAGCUUAGGUCUUCGAGUUCCGGAACAUUGUUUUGUUCACUAAACCUUGAAGAAAUGCGUGCCUCAGUCUAGCUGCUUUGUCUUCUCUUUUGUGCACUUAAUGCCUGACAGUCUGACCAACUGAGGCAGCUGUCCGGGGCGGGACCUGCUCGCGGGGGGUUCAUGAAGUCCCCGGGCGAGUUCUCGGUGCCGGUGACGCAGCGGACGGACAUGUGGACGGUAUCAGGGAAUGCUGAAGGUAUCACGAGACAAAACCUUUAUUCCACAUGCUUUGCCCCUUUCUGGACAUAGCUUUGCAGCUUGUGAACCUAAUUGUAAACUUUCAGGUAUUUUUGUACAAAUGAGGGACUGAUGUUCUGUUUCUUGUAAUUAGAAAUAAACAUGACUAUGGUGUUCUUGGUUU